GGGAACUUUCACCAACCGUCCACCAAUGACUGCCUCAAGAACUUGUUCCAAGUGCUGACGUUUGAAAAGGAGCGCCGUCUCGACCGGAGCGGUGGUGGGAAGGAAGGUGUCACGCAUGGUGUCACGUCAAGUGUCAACAAUCUGGCGGGGAUCUACGACAUCCUCAGUCCGUUUAUCAAGAGGUGGAAGAAGACUGCUAAGCCGCGCAAGCUAAACCAUUCGCCAUGCUAUGCACAUGUUCUCAGCCCAGUGUACAUGGUGACAGUGGAUGUCAAGGCAGCCUUUGACACCAUCCAGCAUGACAGGCUCUUAGCCAUAGUCGAGCGGUUGCUGUCAGAAGACGAGUACCACGUGCGCAACUACGUCACCACCGCAAUGCAGAACGGAAAGCUGCGACGUCUGUUCAAGAAGGGUGCUGGCCCUGGAGACGACUUCUUACAGUUCCCAGAGUCUCCCAUUGCCUAUCAUUGCCUUUGGCUUAACACAUCUUCAUCAUCCCACUGUGCAUGUCAGUUUGUUAAGAACUUGGUGCGGCGAGGACUCAAAGACACUCUCAUUUCGGACCAGACCAGGUAA